UAUGCCUCCACCUAGCAGGCAGAGAGUGUGGGUCUGUGAAGAAGGUGUGACCAAAACCAGUCCUACAAAAUGCCCAAAGGAGAUCGCCAAGCAGAUGGCAUCUUCAGCAGAGGAAAGCAAUAUACUUAUCUUGCAGCAGAAGAAGCUGCAGGUAUUGGAAUCCUUGUUGUGGUUCUUGCAGUUUUACUGAUCAUUGGCUGCUGGUAUUACAAAAGGCGAUGUGGCUAUAAAAACCUUCGGAGUAAAAGCUCACAUGCUGGCACUAUGAGAAGAGUGGCAGGUGAAGAUCCCCCACUGAAUUGCAAAGCACUUUUACAGGAGUACAGCAACUUUAAUUCUGUGGUACCUGAUGCUCCACCAGCAUAUGACAAAAUCUCUGCAGAUCCAUUGCCACCACUUUAUUCACCAUGAUGUUGAGUCAGUCUUAAACUCCAGGAAUACAAAUUGAUUCUCUUUGUGCUUUUGCUUAAACUCAUGUGCAAACCUGGCAUUCUUUAUGGGUAAACUGUAAUAAUAAAGUACACAUUUCCAUGAA